AUGCUGGCUUUCAUGGGUCUCUACCAGCUGACAUUCUCUGACGCAUCUCGCAAGAAAACUUUGAAGGUUGAAAGCUUCUCGAACGAUUUCGUCUUCUUUUUGCCAACUCGCAAAGGCAAUAAGAAAGAAAGCACAGCGGGCUUCGCGCAUUACCGCAGUGUACCGCAAGCUGAUAGAGUCCGGAUGAUUCAUCUCCUGGCGAUGGUGAACGGAGUCACUGUUUGA